AUGGGCCAGGGCUUCUCGCUGGCAACGCCCUCGGCGGGCUCUGCCGGCAUCGACAUCCCGCAGCUGCAAGAUAUACAGUAUGAGCGAAGUAUUGGUGAUGCGAGAUUUAUGAAGAGCAUCCGGGCUCGCGAUGAGAACGCGAUUGUGCUCGUCAAAGUCCUUGUCAAGCCGUUUGCCGAUGUUAAGCUCGACGAGUACAAGAAGCAAAUCAUAGAACAGCGAAAAUCCCUCGCCGCCAUCCCCAACGCUCUCGGCUUCCAGCGCGUCAUCGAAACCGAGACCAACGGGUACCUUGUCCGCCAGUUCAUGUACAGCUCACUCUACGACCGCCUCAGCAACCGACCGUUCCUCGAGGAUAUAGAAAAGAAGUGGCUCGCGUUCCAGCUGCUGUGCGCGCUGCGCGACUGCCAUGCCCGCGACAUUUACCACGGCGACAUCAAGGCCCAGAACGUCCUCGUCACCUCCUGGAACUGGCUCUACCUUACAGACUUCUCAUCAGCCUUCAAGCCCGUCAUGCUACCCGACGACAAUCCCGGCGACUUUUCCUACUUCUUCGACACAUCAGGCCGGCGGACCUGCUACAUUGCCCCCGAGCGAUUCUACGCCGCUGGCGCCGCGCCACCCGCAACGGUCACCAUGACGUGGGCCAUGGACAUCUUCAGCGCUGGGUGCGUCAUUGCGCAGAUGUUUCUCGAGUCGGAGAUUUUCAGCCUGGCUCAGCUCUACAAGUACAGAAGGGGGGAAUAUGAUCCCGUUAUUACCCAUCUCAGCAUCAUCUCCGACAAGGAUGUCCGUGAAUUGAUUGCCAACAUGAUUCAUCUGGACCCUGAGAAGCGCUACUCGGCGGAUCAGUGUCUUGAUUUCUGGAAAGGAAAGGUCUUUCCGCACUACUUUUACAACUUUCUCCAUCAGUACAUGGAACUUGUCACAGAUCCCUCAUCAGGCAACAGUCCAAUGUCUGGCGCCCACAAGAACGAAGGCGAAUCUGACUACCGCAUUGACCGCGUCUACUAUGACUUUGACAAGAUUUCCUACUUCCUCGGCUACCAGUCUGAUAAGAGGACACAAAACAACGAACCCCGAACCCAGUCCAAGCUAGGACUUUCACACUUUCCAGUGCAGCUAAGCAUCCCGAAUAAUGAACACACCGUCUCCGCGGAUCUGGAGCCGCCAGAAGAUGACGGUACCCUGAUUUUUCUGACCCUAGUCGUCUCUGCCAUGAGGACAACAGCAAGGGCUUCAUCGAGAAUACGAGCCUGCGACAUUCUUUUAGCAUUUGCCGAAAGAUUGACCGACGAAGCAAAGUUGGAUCGCGUCUUGCCGUAUUUGAUGACGCUGCUCAAACGAGAUGAGACAGAUCUGGUGGUAGUGUCCGUCAUACGUACCAUUACACAGUUGCUGCAAAUGGUCCACAUGGUUACCCCGAUAAACUCUCAUGUCAUCGGAGACUAUGUGCUUCCUCGCAUGGAAACGGCACUUAGCUCAAAAGAUCAUGUUGCCAGUCCCAUCGUACGCGCCACGUUUGCCUCAUGUCUGGGCAGUCUCGCCUCGAGUGCCCAGAGAUAUCUUGAGCUGGCUUCCAGCAUACGGCCAGAUGGGUCCAUGUCUAUUGCAGACCCCGAAGUUGAGCCAGGUGCAGAGGCAGGCACCAACUUUGAAAGCAUAUUUGACAAUGCUGGAAGGCAGCUCUUUGAAAAGAUUGAGGCCUUCACGAAACAGCUCGUCGAAGAUCCCGACGUCUACGUACGACGAGCAUUUCUAUCAUCAGUACCAGAGCUGUGCAUGUUCUUCAAGGAGCAGUCGAAUGAUGUGCUACUAACGCACCUGAACACAUAUCUAAAUGACCGAGACUGGACAUUGAAAUGUGCCUUCUUCGAUACGGUUGUGGGCAUUGCCGCUUUUAUCGGAAGCGUGAGCCUGGAAGAGUUCAUGUUGCCGUUGAUGCUUCAAGCACUGACUGACCCGGAAGAAUAUGUGGUGCAGGCUGCUAUUCAUUCUUUGGCACAACUUGCCGGCCUUGGACUGCUGUCAAAGGCGAAGCUCUGGGAGCUGCUGGAUCUGAUUGGACGCUUCACUAUGCAUCCCAAUAUAUGGAUUCGGGAGUCUGCCGCCGAGUUCAUUUCCAUGUCAGCGAGCUAUCUCGAACCUGCCGACCUGCGCUGCUUUUUACUACCAUCGAUCAAGCCAUUUUUGAAGAUUGCUCAUCUUCCCGAUUUCAAUGAAUUGAGCGUCCUUGAUGCUUUGAAAACGCCGCUAACCCGGCCUGUUUUUGACCAGGCCAUUACAUGGGCUACGCAGACUGACCGGGGUCUGUUCUGGAAGUCUUUACAGCACGUUCGCUCUCUGGCUUUUGGGUCAUCCUCUACCUUGACUGCACGGUCCAAAGACUUGAUUCCGAGCUCGCUAAGCAAAUCGGACCGCAAUGACGAAGACGACCAAUGGCUGGAAAAGCUACGAAACUUGGGUUUGAAGCCUGAAGAUGAGAUCAAACUCCUGGCUCUGCGGGAAUUCAUCUGGAGACUCAGCACUAAGCGAAGCCGGGAAUCGUCUCCAUCAGAUCGCAAUACUUCUGUGGGAAUGAUUUCGCUACACGAUCUCGGCGUCACACCACAGACGGUCUUCUUUAAUGACGCGCCGCUCAAAGACCAUUCCGUCACUCCGGAUUUGGAACCGCCGUCGGCACGAUACACUAUUGCAGAUGCGUUGUUGGAUGCAUCCAUGACUAUUGAUGAUACUGUCACCAAGAGGAGAAAAGCCACAAAUAUUCAUAAGAAUAGAGUUCAAAGCGUUGGGCCUGUGGGUGGCCGUAUACUAUCCCCGAGCGGAAGCGGUCGCGCCAGCUCCCGCGACUCUCGUGUACCAUCUAACGGAUCUCGAGAUGACGCUUCAGUCAACGAAGGACCCUAUGCACUGAGGCGCGCAAUGCGUCACCAGUCCAGUGCCCUGAGCCUCCUCGACCGCAGAGACGGCGGAAAGUCAGUGCCGGAGACCGGAACGAGCGACGCCAACGCCUUUGGUGAGAUGGAUGGCCCGUUUUCGCAAAUGGCUGUGCCGCAGCCAUUGGCGUCUGCAAAGGGCGCGGCACAGCCAGAAAAACAACCGAAACACAGCUAUGCGGGCAAUGACCCGAGCAUCCAGUUUAUGCUCGACAAUAUGUACGUCGACAAUUUUCCUCGCGAUGUGCUCGAGUUCGGCCCAAUGGUUGAGCCCAUCUCCAGAAGGAAGAAUCGAGCUGUUCGCACGCAGACCGCUGAGGAGCGCUGGAAGCCACAAGGACAGUUGGUGGCCACUUUUGGAGAGCACAGGGGUGCCAUCAAUCGCGUCGCCGUAUCUCCAGAUCACAUGUUUUUCGUGACUGGUGGCGAUGACGGUGCUGUCAAGGUCUGGGACACGGCCCGACUGGAACGGAACAUUACACAUCGAUCGAGACAGACACACAAGCAUGCGCAGGGUGCACGCGUGAUUGCGCUGUGUUUUAUCGAGAACUCGCAUUGCUUUGUUAGCUGUGCUAGCGACGGCAAUGUGCAUGUAGUCAAGGUCGACACGGUAUUAGCCAGUGGUGUCAUUAGAUAUGGCAAGCUGAGACUCCUGCGCGAGUAUCGUCUGCCGGAAGGAGAGCAUGCCGUUUGGUGCGAGCAUUUCAGGCAAGAGACCAACUCUAUUCUCAUUCUGGCUACGAAUAAGUGCAGGAUUAUAGGUAUUGACCUGCGAACCAUGACUUUGCUUUAUAUACUGGAGAACCCAGUCCAUCAUGGCGCGCCGACAUGCUUCUGCGUUGAUCGGAAACGGCACUGGCUAUGUGUCGGUACAUCACAUGGCAUACUCGACCUCUGGGACUUGCGUUUCAAGACCCGCCUAAGAGCCAUUGGCGUGCCGGGAAAGAGUGCCAUCUAUCGCAUCUGCGUACACCCGUCGAAAGGUCGCGGCAAGUGGGUAUGCGUCUCUGGCGGCGCCGAGCACGGCGAAGUAACGACCUGGGACUUGGAGAAGACAUCUUGCCGCGAGAUUUACAGGAACGGUACCGUCAAGGACGGCCCGAAGGGAUACACGGCAUGGGACGUGGACAAGGAAAAGCCCGAGGGGAUCCUGUCGCGCUUUGCCACCAACCUCGACCUGGCCGACUCUGCCAGUGCGGACCGCGGGGUCCGCGCCAUCGCGACGGGCAUCUCCACGGGCGAGGACUCUCGCGACAUCCGCCACGCGUACAUGGUGAGCGGCGGCUCGGACAGGAAGAUGCGGUUCUGGGACAUUUCACGCGUCGAGAACUCGAGCGUCUUUAGCGGGCUGCAGCCUGACGAGACGCAGCCGACGUACUCUGCGACGCAGCCGACGACGUCGAUGACGAUCAACACGGAGCGCUUUGCGAGACCGAACAACACGGCAGCGGCGGGGACGACGGGGAGCGGCGGCCGGUCAAAGACGACGACGGCAAACAGCCGUCCGGCGAGGUCGACGGUGAUUUCUCUGCAGCAGCAGCAGCUCCUGCAGUCGCACUUGGACUCGAUUCAGGACGUGGCGUUACUCGAGUAUCCAUAUACGAUGAGCAUAUCGGUGGAUCGAUCAGGGAUGGUCCUUGUGUUUCAUUAG